GCGGAAGCUGGUUUCUUUGAGAUUAACGUUUAACCAAGUUUAACCUGGAACGUCUCUGAUUAAGAGUGGCGGUCGAGUGCCUAUUCAGGUUGCAUGCGGAUAUGACGGAAGAGAGUACACCCGGUCUCGAAUGUCCUGCCGUGGGCAAAUGCAGACCUUGAAAUAGCGUGCCCGGCUUCUAGGUCAACUGUAGGUUCCCUCUACUGUCGAGGAGCUGGAGAGCAGCAUGUUACGCGUCUUGACGACAGCCCGAUAUGCACCCCCAGUGCACAGCUCGAGCUUGAAGCUUGAAGUUCGAAAUGUGGCGUUUGGCGAUGUGGCUUUGUCACGGUUACCUAUGUGCGUCCUCUGGGUGCCACAACGCUUUCCGGGGAGGAGGGACUACCGGGCUUACGCAACGGUGCGCCUGCCGGCAGUCGACGUGCCGGGGAUCCGGACUCGGAGGAGGGCCACGCUCGGGCCGCGCUUCGCACGCGCCACAGUGGGUACACACCCGGCAUGUACCCCGGACGCGUUAUCCUUGCUCGUCAAGGCUUCGCUCCGACUCUUGUCUUUGAGCUACGACAUGAACGAAGACUUAGGCCAAAUACAGCACAACUCGCGGUUCACGCGCUGCGCGUCGUCUGUCGUAGGGCCCAAUCCGCACCCUACGGUCUACCUACCACCGCAGCGACUACUGUUGGAAAAAGGAUGGGUACGAGGCCGAAGGUACGUGCUUACUCACGAAACCUUACGCUUGAUUCUCAUGAGGAUGCAACGAAUCUCUCGGAAGACUUGGAGUAAGUACCAAAAUACGACGAUUGAUAACGAUCGCACACUGCGGAGAAGCGCACACACACUCGUGUACCACAUGGGGUCGAUGACUGUAUACCUCCAAUGAGCCCAGGAACACCUCACGCGUGACCAUUCGACCCGUUCGCACCGUUGAGGGCGCGAACCGAUUUGCUGCCACUGGGUCGGAUAGCUUGCUGGAACGAACCGUCGCCCUAUCCACAAGUCAUCAAUCAGCUUCACGUUUCCGCAGCUAGCCCAGCAGCAAUAACGUUACUUACGCACAC